AUGUUUGUUGCGUUAGGGAACGUGGCGACGGCGUUUCUCGCCAUCGCGACGACCUAUUUCGUGCACCACUGCGAGAACAAUAAUAAUAAUAAUCAGCGCAGCAGUGUUACGAAGAAUUUGUGUCCGUCGUUUAUCACGAGUACUAGUAAUAGUGAUAACUUUUAUUGCGGGGAAAACGGGAAGUUUUGUCGUCGUUCUCGUCGGAAUGAAUUUGAUGAUGAUGCGGAAGAGGAAGACGCCGACGCGCCGAAUUUAUUCAACGCGUGCGUCCACGUGAGAGCAAAAGUAGAAUCCCAAAUUUUCGGACAAACGGAAAGCACGGAUAUACUUUUAGACGCGAUUUGCGAUAAGUUUCGCGAGAUUGAACGCUACGAAUUAGAAGAAGAAGAUUUAGGAGAGAGAAGAGAAGAGGGAGUGGAGGAGGAGAGGCAAACGCCGCUGGUGAUGAGCAUCCACGGCAGUCCAGGGGUUGGGAAAUCGCAUUUCCAUCGCGCAUUAGCGAGAGCGGUGUAUGGUGCGAAUAGGAGGAGGAGGAGGAAGAACGGAGGAGGAGCAAAAGCUUAUGGAGAGAUGCUGGCGAGCGUCGCGCGAAACGUAGUUACGGGUGGCGUUAGAGGUAGUUAUUACGCUUCUGAAAGGAAGAAGAAGACGUGUCCGGGGGAAUUGUGUCCGGCGUAUAAGAUUCUGUUCGGCGCGGAGUACGUGGAAAAGGACCGCGAGCGGCAGAAGCGGAUGAUUGUGAGCAACUUGAGAGCGCAUUUGAGGAGAUAUCCCGAGAGCGUGGUCGUGAUUGAGGAGUACGAUAAGUUGCCGUGCGAAGUGAGGAGCGUUUUGAGGCAGCUGUUUGAUAGCGGGAGGGUGAUGCAAUCGACUCCGUCGUCCUCAUCGUCGUUCUCGUCUUCGAAAACGAGGAGGAGAAAGAAGAGAGGCGGUGCGUUUUCUAGAUUGUGGCGAAGAGGAAGCGAAGAAGAGGAAGAUUCGGCGAGGAGUAACGGGGGUGAUGAAGACGACGAAGAUGAAGACGGUAACGAUACGUUUGAAGAUUACGACGUUUAUGGAGAGAAGAGAGAGGUUUUAGGGAACAAGGCGAUAUUUAUUUUAGAGGCGAACGCUGGAUUCGUGCACAUUCACGGCGCCGCAGAAGCCGAUCGGAAACGUCGAUUGAGCAAAGUAGGGGAUGUCGACAAGAAUAAGAACAAAAACUACUUAAAGUCUGAACGCGAAAGACAUCACGUGGAGCUCUCGCGAGCGUUGAAAAACGCCAUGUUCACGAAAUGGGAAAAAGAGCACUGCGAAGACUUCCACGAUACGGUCAAAGUCUUAUCGUCGAUUGAAUAUUUCGUGCCGUUUCAGCCGUUGGACGAAGACGCUCUGAAGCAAAUCGCCAACGCGCACUUGGAGUAUCGCUCGAAUUAUCUCAUCGAGAACGAGUUCGUCUCCUCGAUGUUAACGACAUUAUCAUCGUCGUCGUCGUCGUCGAGAGAGUCACCAACAGGUAGUGUUGCUUCUUUACCUCAAAUGGACGCGAUUAAACGACGCGUCAACGUCACUUUAAGCUGGGACGACCGGCUUUUAUCCUUCCUCGCUCGAGAAUCCGAGUUUGAAGGCGAAUUCGCCAUCGAAGGCGGCAAAGAGGUCAAAUCGACUUUGAGUCGAACGGUGACGAGAGCGAUACGCAGAGCGCUUUUACCGCCAUCAACAACCACCAACGAGGAGAAGAACGGUGGUGGUAAAACUAUCCACCCCUCCUUCGCGCGGUACGAAAAAAUCCGAGACUUCAUUCUCGAAGAUUCGAAGAAAAAAUUCGCCAGCGGCGACAAAGCGGGCUCGAAGACGAAGGACGAAGAAGGAAAAGAAGCGGAAGACGCUUUACUCCAAAUCAACGUGCGUCUCGCCGUCGUCGUCGACGACGACGAGGAUGCGAUGCAAAAGAAUCCUGAAACGAAGGAUUCUAAUAGCCAGCGUCGUCGAUCCGUCGUCGCUUCAAUUUUUUUAAUUGAUAAUUGA